AUGGCGCCCCAUCCUCCGGGAUCGCCCCCACGGCUGCCCCACUGCUCAAGGCUUUCACCGGCACCGGACCUGCGCAGAAGACCCGCACGUGGCUCUAGAAAACAGGGCCCCCGAGGACACCGUGGUGACUGCGACCAUCCGACCUCACGAGCGUAUGCCCGCAUCCAUCACCCGGCGGUAGUACAGGAGACGACAAAGAGGCCCCCAUCGGGCUGGCUGUUUGCAGGAAGCUCUCACGGAACCAUCUUGAGGUCCGCCCCCCUCCCCCCGAUGCGAUUAGGUGAAUGGCUCUUUUCCCAGCCCCAAAGCCGCCAGCCACCAAAAGGUGAUACGGCUAUCCUAAUUACUUUCCGCAAAGGCGGCUGGCUGCCCAUCUCCCAGCGAUCCUCCUCCUCCCCAGUGUUAAACACUUUGUCGCAACUGGGCUUUGAUCUUUCCUAUAGUUCCAUUGCCCACGACAUUAUUGCUGUUCGGUUAACAGCCCUGGUUCUUCCAUUAGCCUUAUUGCAACAUAUUUGUGGCUCUGAAGCUUUCGACGCCCAUUGGCUGGACUUCUCUGAUGUCGUGGAAUGUUCAGCGAAUCAAGCGGGCUGCAGCUCAACUUCUCUGAAGAAAGUGGAGGUUGAGCUGAGUGCCUUGAAACAGCUGCAGAAAUUCAACAGGUGGCAUAGAAAGAGUCAGGCCUGGGGUUCACCUAGCCUGAUUGGCAGCCCGGCAGCUCUGGAGGAGGUCCUUAAACCUGUUGCCAAGCCCAGCUGUAGCUUAGAAGUAGUGGCUAAGAGCAGACCUGUUGAAGGGACUCUGCACCAGACGCUUCCUACCUUCUACGGCCAAAGGUUCCGCGUCGGCCACCAUCAGCCACUCAGCCACCAUUUCAGACGAGCUCUGAAGGUCCUCCCCCCCAAAUAUCACCGGGCGACGCUCCUGGAGUACCACCAGCUGAUAGAAACCUACGGGACUCACUUCAUCACCAAGCUGCACCUGGGGGGCCGUGUGAGGGACGUGACCGCCGUCCGAGAAUGCGAAACGGCGCUGGACGGGAUGAACGCCGAGGAGGUCAAAGACUGCCUGACCGUGGAGGCGUCCGCCAAGAUCGGCGAGAAAGCGAAGAUGGACGCGUCCUACCAGAAGUGCGAGGAGAUGAGAAACAAGCGCGGUUUCAAGGGGAGCUUCCACCAGAUGUACACCGAGCGCCACACCGAAAUUGUGGGCGGGCGCAGCCACGCGGACCUGCUCUUUUCUGACGCUGUGAGGAAGGACACCUUCCAAGCCUGGGUAGAAGGCCUCAAAACCAUACCUGGCCUGGUCUCCUAUUCCUUGUCCCCUAUCCAUACCUUGGUGGCCAAGGAGGACUCCAGGAGGGAGAGCCUGCGGCAAGCGGUGAGUGAAUACGUGACCAAAAGAGCUCUGUGGAGAAACUGCACCCACCCUUGCCCCCAUGGGACGCAACGCAGCGCUCACGACCCCUGCUCUUGCGUGUGUCCCGACAACGGCAACACCAACUCCAUGUGUUGCUCAAAAAAGCGGGGACUGGCCAAGGUGACGGUGACUAUCAAACGUGCCUCUGGUCUUUGGGGGGACUGUUGCACCAGCACCGAUGCCUACGUUAAGCUGUUCUUCAUGGGGGAGGAGAGUCGGACCCCGACGGUGUGGAACACGAACAACCCGGUAUGGGACAUCCAUUUUAACCUGGGGAACAUCCAGUUGCUGGGAGAAACCAGCAAGCUCCGGGUUCAAGUCUGGGACGAGGACCACAAGUAUGACGACGACUUGUUAGGGGCUUGCGAUAAGAGCCUGCAAUCUGGGGAACAUCAAGAGGUCUGUUACUUGAACCACGGGCGCCUGGAUUUCCAGUAUCACUUGGCUUGCGGGCCUCACCUCGGUGGUCAGCAUUGCAUGGAUUAUAUCCCUCAGCAGCCGAGAUACAAGGGUGCUUUCUUGCAACGAAUGGGCGAAGGGGACGCUGUGACAGAGAAAAGGACUCGCCGUCCUGUGCAGGAUGGCCCAGGCUAGACUGAUCUCAUUGGAUACUGGAAGCUAAGCAAGGACAGCCCUGGUUAGCAUGGAGGGGAGGCCAUGAAGGAAGUCCAGACUUGCUACGUGGAAGCCAGCAAUAAGAAACCACCUCUGUCAAUCUCUUGCCUCGAAAACUCUACAGGGUUGCCGUAAAUUAACUGCGACUAGAGAACACUUUCCACCCCCGGAGCUCGCCCUCCCCGCCAGAUUUUCUCCAGCACAGAGACUUUGGACUCAGCUGUUGUCCGUUGCUAAAGUACAACCAGGUUCUCCAACCCACCGGCUAGCGUUUCACUAGCCAAACCCGUAGCCACUCACCAACCAGCCGUCCCUCUGACAAAGCUUAAGCCACAAUAAAGGUCUAUUCUGGC